AUGUUACCCGCUAUAUCACUUCAAACCUCCCCAAGCCAACAGAAAGAUACCAGUGGCUCACCACUUGUAUCGGGUCCUCGAGAACUCCCCCCUAUGCCGCCCUCAUCCACAGGUGUGCAGUGUCAAACCCAAGUUCCAACCCAUUUUCCAUUGAGACAACAAACUUCGCAAGCACAGCAGUCAGCUGCAACUAGCAAUCAAUUCACUCGAGCUGGCUAUCUCAAGUACACCAUCCUCUUUGCAAUUGCUUUCCCUUCUUGGAUGAACGGUCUUUUGAAAAGAUUCGUCAAGCAUCUUAUAACUUGGGAUAAGGCAACAAUCAUUGCGGCAGUUGCCAUUGUAGUCGGUACCGUUAUAUCACAUUUCGCGUUGAAGUUGGCUAUUUGGACUGCGACCAAGGAUUAUAUCGAAUAUUGUCAAGGAGAACAGUGUGCAAUGUCGAAGGCGGCCACUCAAGGGCUACCUCCGCCUCCCUUCUACCGAUAUGAAGACGGUACUAUACUGCGUCGAACUUGGACUGGGACAGUAAUUGGAGCCACCGAGUCGAGAACGCAAAAUAAUUAUUACAUUUAUGGGUAUGCACUCAUAGCAUCUACAAUGUUCUAUGCGGCAUGGAAUGGGAAACAUUCAAAACUUCUGAGAAUCCUAAGAGAGUCAUUGAUGCCUGCACAAUAUGACGUUGAGCGACAGCCUCAAGACCUCAGUCAUUGCACUAAAGAUACCGGUUCGAUGGACUUAGCUGGAGAGCAUGCUGCCGCUGCGCUCCCCCGAAGAAAUUCUAGUUCAAGAUUAGUUACGUACAUUACCAACAGUCAAGAUAAAAUGGAAUCGCACAAGCUGCGCCAAAGAACGAUGAGGACCACAAAGAAAAAUGAGUCACCCACUGGAAAGUCAUCAUAUGAGGUACAUAUAGAGCAGGAUGUCAGAAUAGAGCAGUUGGCGCUCGAGGACUUUAUGUUUCUCGAAAACGUAUGA